AAAUAUUUACAAAAUACACGAAAAAAAACCCAAACCCUCGACAGUUCCACCAACCUCUCCCUCUUGUCUCGGUUCAUUGUCUCUUCCCAAAGAAAAAUGAAGGCGUCAUUGAAAGGCAGAUACACCAAUGACAAGAGCACCGCCGUCGUUUCCCUUUCCGCCAACGCUGGCGACAUCAAGCUACGCGCUUCCAUGACUGACGCGACAUUCAUCAAGGGUCCCAGCCUGAACGGUUUGACUCUUGCCGUUGAAAAACCUGGCUUCUUUAUCAUCGACUACGAUGUCCCCAAAAAGGAUUUUCGGUUUCAGUUCAUGAACUCAGUUAGGGUUGCGGAGAAGCCGUUGAAGCUUACUUACAUUCACGGCAGAGGGGACAACCGGACCGUGUUGGACGGGACACUCACCUUAGACUCUGCCAACAAGGUGUCGGCUAAUUACAUGUUUGGUACGAGGAACUGUAAGGUCAAGUACAGUUACUCGCACGGAGGGGCUACGACUUUUGAGCCAUGCUAUGAUUUCGGGAAGAAUGCGUGGGAUUUUGCAAUUUCGAGGAGAGUGUAUGGCGAUGUUUUUAAGGCAACGUAUCAGACGUGGAGCAGGGAUUUGGCUUUGGAGUGGUCGAGGAACUCUAAGUUUAAUGGGACUUUUAAGAUUUCAGCAUCCGUCAAUCUGGCCGAAGAAACUAAGAUCCCGAAGCUUAUUGCGGAGAGUUCUUGGGAUUUGGAAAUGUGAUGUUGUUGGUCAUCAAUAUUAUCAAUUUGCUUUGUUUGAAUCAUACACAUUUGAACUAACAGCUCAUUGUGAGCUCAAAAACAUAAUUGUGUUGCUUGCAACAAAACUUGUACCAGUCAUUUGAUCAAAUUGAAUAUCACAAAUCACCAUUCUUGCAA